AUGGAGAGCCAGGGAUGCAGAGCUGCAGCUGUCCUGGCUGGCUCCUGGCUCUCCUGCAUGGUGGGAGCCCUGCAGGAGGACGCGGUGCUGGAGAACAUCAGCUGGGCUGCCGAGGACGCGCAGGGCAACGGCUCCUCGGAGCACGCCUUCUUCUCUCUGGAUUAUCAGCACGUCCAGGUGCCCUUUGAAAUCACCCUCUGGAUCAUGCUGGCGUCCUUGGCCAAAAUAGGAUUCCAUCUCUACAACAAGCUGCCCUCCGUCGUUCCCGAAAGCUGUUUGUUGAUCUUUGUGGGACUGAUCAUGGGGGGAAUCAUCUACGGGUUAAACGACAGGUCACCACCAGUGAUGGACAGCGACAUCUUCUUCCUCUACCUCCUGCCCCCCAUCGUGCUGGACGCCGGCUACUUCAUGCCCAGCCGCCCCUUUUUCGAGAACAUCGGCACCAUCCUGCUCUACGCGGUGGUGGGGACCAUCUGGAACGUGUUUGGGAUUGGGUUUUCCCUCUAUGGGAUCUGCCAGGUGAAAGCCUUCCGGCUGCAGGACGUGUCCCUGCUGCACAACCUCCUCUUCGGCAGCCUCAUCGCCGCCGUGGACCCCGUGGCCGUGCUGGCUGUCUUUGAGGAGAUCCACGUCAACGAGAAGCUGCACAUCCUGGUUUUUGGGGAAUCGCUCCUCAAUGAUGCUGUGACCGUGGUGCUCUACAAGCUCUUUCGCUCUUUCUGUGAGAUGCCAACCAUCAAAAGCGUGGAUGUUUUUGCUGGAGUUGGAAAAUUCUUUGUGGUUGGGCUGGGAGGAGUUUUAGUGGGGCUGAGUUUUGGGUUCACUGCUGCCUUCACCACGCGCUUCACCAAGGACAUCCGUGUCAUCGAGCCCCUCUUUGUGUUCCUGUACAGCUACCUGUCCUACCUCACUGCAGAGAUGUUCCACCUCUCCGGGAUCGUGGCCAUCAUUUCCUGCGCCAUGGGCAUGAAGCGUUACGUGGAGGCCAACAUCUCCCUCAAGUCCCACACCACAGUCAAGUACUUCAUGAAGAUGUGGAGCAGUGUGAGCGACACCCUCAUCUUCAUCUUCCUGGGAGUUUCCACCAUCGGAGAGAACCACGAGUGGAACUGGCCCUACAUUUGCUUCACGGUCAUUUUCUGUCUCCUUUGGAGGGCACUCGGGGUCCUUGUGCUGACUUUCUUUGUGAACAGAUUUCACGUGAACACCAUCACCAGUAAGGACCAGUUCAUCAUUGCCUACGGGGGGCUCCGAGGGGCCAUUUGCUUCUCUUUGGUUUUCCUGCUGCCUGACUUCCACAGGAAAAAGCUCUUCAUUGCAGCAACAACUGUUGUCAUCCUCUUCACCGUGUUCGUGCAGGGAAUGACCAUCCGUCCCCUCGUGGACCUGUUGGCUGUCAAGAGGAAAAGGGAGAGUGCUCCCACUGUGGGAGAGCAGAUCCACAUUCGGUUCUUGGAUCAUCUGCUGGCUGGCAUUGAAGAUAUAUCUGGACACUGGGGACAGUAUUACUGGAAAGACAAGCUGGAAUAUUUCAACAGCAAAUACCUGCAGAAGAUCCUGCUCAGGGAGUACGACCAGCCCAAGUCCAGCAUCGUGCUGCUCUACGAGAAGCUGGAGCGCAAACACGCCAUGGAGCUGGCCCAGGCUGGGCAGCUGGGCCACGGCCUCGCCCACCCCUCCUUCCUCAGCAGCGACAGGACUGUCAUAACAGACCAAAAACUGGAGGACACCCCAAAUCCUGAUGUCCUGGACAACAUGCAGGAAAUAUUGGCCAGGAACCUGUACCGGAUCAGGAGGACGGGCCCGGCGUACAACAGGCACACCCUGCCCGGGGACAGCGAGCCCGCGGAGAGGGCCAAGGAGCUCCUGAUCCUGCGGCACAAGAGCCUGCUGGUGGAGCUGGGCGGGAGCGACACCUGCAGCUCCAGGAAGGAGUCCCAGAAGGAGGAGUCGUGCUCGGCGCAGGGCGAGGCCAGCCCGCAGCCCAAGCUCUGCCGCUCCUUCACCGUGGGGGACACGGAGAAGGUCCGGGAGGUGAAGGAGAGCCGAUCCAGGUCCGUGUGUGCCAUCCCGCCGCCCCAGCCCAGCACGGCGGUGAAGGAGCUGACUCUGGAGAUGUACAAACACAGGGGAUGCUCUGGCUCCCCCUGA